AUGGUGUCCUCUCCAGGAAAUGACACCAACUUCCAAGACAUCAGGUACAUUUUAAUUGGUAUUCCAGGACUGGAGGACUCACAUACCUGGAUUUCCAUUCCCAUUUGUUUAAUGUACUUUACAGCCAUCAUUGGCAACAGCUUCUUAAUCUUCCUUAUUAUCACUGAACGCUGCCUACAUGAGCCAAUGUACUUGUUCCUCUCUAUGCUGGCCCUGGCAGAUAUCCUGCUCUCCACAACUACAGCACCCAAAAUGCUGUCCAUUUUCUGGUUCCACUAUGGAGCUAUCUCGUUUGGUAGUUGUGUGGCUCAAAUGUUCUUCAUUCACUGCAUCUUUGCAGCAGAAUCAGCCAUUCUGUUGGCUAUGGCAUUUGAUCGCUAUGUGGCUAUCUGUUACCCAUUGAGAUAUACUACCAUACUGACUCCCUCAGUCAUUGGAAAGAUUGGGGUAGCAGCUGUGGUUAGAGGUUUUCUAAUCUGCUUCCCUUUCAUCUUUCUGGUGUAUCGGCUUACUUAUUGUGGACAAAAUAUCAUUCGCCAUUCCUACUGUGAACACAUGGGCAUAGCUAGGUUAGCCUGUGACGACAUCAAAAUCAAUAUUAUCUAUGGCUUAACUAUAGCCUUGGUGUCCACAGGUUUGGAUGUUCUGCUCAUCAUUAUUUCCUAUUCAUUGAUCCUUCAUGCUGUUUUCAACAUACCUUCCUGGUCUGCCAGACUCAAGGCUCUUAACACCUGUGGUUCCCAUAUCUGUGUGAUUCUCAUGUUCUAUACUCCAGCCUUCUUUUCUUUCUUUGCUCACCGCUUUGGAGGCCAUACCAUUCCCCGGCACAUCCAUAUUUUAGUGGCCAACCUCUAUGUGGUGGUACCUCCCAUGCUCAACCCCAUCAUUUAUGGAGUAAAGACAAAGCAGAUUCAGGACAGGGCAAUUCAGGUUUUCUCCGCCACUAGGACAUGUUGUUAA